AUGGAUAACGAGCGCAAUCCGUACUUCAAGUUACAGCUACACGGACAACCAAAACAACCCAAGCUGAAACUCAAUAAGAGUUCAGCAAAGACGGAUAACGCUCACCGUUCACCGACACUUACGGUUCGCAAGUUUAACAAACCCGUUGCGGUGGAUGCGAACAAGAUACAGUACACCAAUGGCCGUGGGAACAAUGUGCUGAUGUACGAUGGACAUCGCUACAUCAAGAACAACUGCUAUGGCGGUAAAAUGUACUGGAAAUGUAGCAAGUGGCACACCAACUGCAAAGCUCGUGCCAUCACCUCGGUUUCAAAUCCUGAACAGUGUGUGUUGAAAAAUGCGCACAACCACGACGUACCGAGGGAAGAUAUGGCGAGCAAUAUACGCAAAGACUGGGAGUAGAUGUGUGCGUGUGUGUGUGUGUGUAUUUCGAACUACUGUUACUCGAACACGUUAGCUCUUUUAAGAAAUUUACUUGUAAUCAUUCAAGAAAGUUAACCAACCAUGUUCUUUGUAUAAUAAACGAGCAAUGGUGAAUUGCAUUAACUUACUGUGCGUGACUGCAACGAACCGUGCAACCACAA